AUGUCUCACCGAAAGACCGUCAUCGUGGGCUCCGGAUGUUUUGGUCUAUCGACAGCCCUGCAUCUUUUGAAACGAGGGUGGGAAGACAUUACCGUCAUCGACAAAGCACCCACUCUGCCUGCUCCCGACGGCGCUAGUAACGACUUCAAUCGAAUUGUGAGGACAUCUUACUCGGACCCUUUCUAUGCCGCCCUCGCGCAAGAGGCCAUACAAGAAUGGAGGAUCGCUGACGAAUGGGGGGACACAUACCACGAGUCGGCCGUGCUUGUUUUGGGAUCACCGUCGGGCUAUGAAUACACACGCGAAUCCUACAAGAACGACAGCGCAAUGGGUCUCCGCGUCGAUUCCCUCGACACCUUAGCGGCCGUGCAAUCCGUAUUCCCCGCGAAUGUCCCUGUUGGAAAUUUUGCUGGUUUAACUGGGUACCUCAACCGCGACAGCGGAUGGGCGAAUGCGGGCCAAGGCGUGUCCAUCUUGAUAUCCAAGAUAACAGAGCUCAAGGGGAAUGUAAUCUCCGGCAAGAGAGUUGUGGAUGUCUUGCACGCGGACUCCAGUCUGAAAGCAAGUGGUGUCCGUUGCGAUGAUGGAACUAUUCUGGAGGCCGAUCUUGUUGUACUCGCUACUGGGUCGUGGACUGGGUCCGCAUUCCCGCAGUAUACGAUCGGCAACCUCUACCGCGCAACAGGACAAUCUGUGGCGAUGGUUCAAUUGACACCGGAAGAGGGUAUCAUCUACCAAGACAUCCCAGUAGUUUUGGAUUUUGAAACUGGAUUUUACAUCUUUCCGCCCAACGACAAGCACAUCGUCAAAAUGGCGAUCCAUGCUGCCGGAUAUACCCACUCGCUCGGCGACCAGAACAUCUCAACCCCGCGAACGAUCCUGUCCAAUCCGGACGGGGGACUGCGCAUACCUUCAGAGAAAGUCAGAGACCUGAGGGCUGGUCUUCAUUCGGUCUACUCAGAACUGGCCAAGCGGCCAUUUAUCUCUACUCGCCUCUGCUGGUACAACGAUACCGUCGAUGGGGACUGGGUUAUCGGCUACCAUCCCGACUCAGAAAACACAGUUCUUCUUGCAACUGGAGGAAGCGGCCACGCCUACAAGUUCCUCCCUGUGAUUGGGCGCUUGGUAGCCGAUGCGAUCGAGGGCAAGCUUGACCCACCAGUGGCGGAAAAGUUCUCUCUCACACGCAAGCCUGUCCAAACCGACGAAUCACGACACGACAAUGUUCAGGAACUCGAUCUGAAUUCGCUCUGCACACCAGAAGAUCUAGCAAACUUGUAUUAG